UCCUCCAGGAAAUCCAGUCAGUAACAGCACAGAGCAGGAAACUGAACUUUACAGAAGACAAACAGAUUAUAAACUUUUUUUUUUUAAAGUUUAUUUAAAAAAAUGUCUUUGGAGCAAACAGCGGAACACCCGGCCCUCCUCAAGCUGCUCUCUGCUCUGUUUUACGCCGGCAGCUCGUUUCUCAUCACCGUGGUGAACAAAACCGUGCUCACGAGCUUCAGAUUUCCCUCCUACCUGUGUCUGGGGAUUGGACAGAUGUUCACCACCAUUAUUGUCCUUUAUGUGGCCAAAAUGAGCCGAACUGUGCAGUUUCAAGACUUUGACAGAAGCAUUCUCCUAAAAAUUUUCCCCCUUCCUUUGCUCUACGUUGGGAAUCAUGUAACGGGACUGGCGAGCACUAAAAAACUCAGUUUACCCAUGUUUACAGUGUUACGGAARUUCACCAUCCUGAUGACGAUGAUUCUGGAAGCGUAUAUACUGAGGAAAACGUUUCCAAAGCAUAUUGUUUACAGCGUGGCGGCUAUAGUUUUUGGUGCCUUGGUGGCUGCAAGCUCUGACUUGGCCUUCGAGGUGGAAGGCUACACCUUCAUUCUGCUCAACGACGCCUUCACCGCAGCCAGCGGCGUUUACACCAAGAAGAAACUGGGCGAUCAGGAACUUGGAAAGUAUGGCGUUUUAUUUUACAAUGCACUCAUCAUCGUCUUCCCCACCCUCUUGGCGUGUGCAGCGACUGGAGAUCUACACAAGGCAGCCACAUUUAACGGCUGGACCAAAGUCACAUUUGUUUCCUGUUUCCUCAUGUCCUGCUUCAUGGGGUUUGUUUUGAUGUACUCCAUAGUUCUGUGCAGCUACUAUAACUCGGCGCUCACUACCACAGUAGUUGGGGCCAUAAAGAAUGUUGCUGUAGCUUAUGUUGGCAUCUUCGUGGGUGGAGAUUAUAUUUUCUCAUGGAAGAACUUCCUCGGCCUCAGCAUUUGCAUGUCAGGUGGACUCAUUUAUUCAUAUCUGGCUUUUAACAACAAAUCAUCUGGAGAUGAUGCAGCAAGACUGCAAGAGCUGAAGGUUCACGCUCCUGAAGACUUGAGGAAACACUGAUUUUUACCUUUCACCACUAGGUGGCAUCAUUCUGCUUCAUGUUGAAGCAUCAUAUUCAGUUUGCAUUUAUGUAUUUAUAAUACAUCUAUAAAUUUAUGCCCUCAUAAAUGCACGUGAUGUUAUUUAUUCCAAACCCUGUGGAUGAAUCAGCACAAACUCUGGGUUUAAUUCAGUGAAUGUUUAUUGAUGAUCAACAAUGAUAGAACAGUGUGGACAGCCCGUCAGAUAAAUCUUGGUUUAUUUAUUUGUUUUUAAACUAAAAUGGGUGAUAAAAAGUGUUUACCAGCAAGCAGGUUCACUCUAUGAAUACGAACAAAGAAACUGCUGGCAGAUGUUAGAAGCUAAAUAAAACCUACGUCAAAGCUUUCUGUAAAUAAGUGUGCGCACUCAAAUUUUCUACAAACACUAGAUUUAUAUAUUAUAUGCCAUCAUUUCCAUGAACCACACAACAAACUAAUGGGUCAAACAUACUAAAAUCUGGGCACAAAAAAAAAA